AUGGAUUUUUUAGAGUAUCAGACUUUUAACGUUGGCAUUCCCGUAGAGGACGAGAUAAAUGUACUCCCAGAGCCAGCUUCUAGUUUACCACUCAUACCAUCGACACCAACUUUGAGUUCUGGUGGUAACUUCUCCUCAAACGAAGUCUUCAAUCUACCAGAUUUAGAAAAUGCUAAAUUUGCUAAUGAUGCAGUUUCACUUAAUGACAGAAUGCAGAAAUAUGCAGCCAGGUCGAUCGAAUUACUGCCCCGGAAUGCGGCUCCGCUCCCAACUACGACAGAAAACGGACUAGAAACUCAGCAGACGGAUUUUAAUCAAUUGCUGAAAACUCCUCAAGUUACUAAUUCUGUUUUGACAAAGAGGUUAUCACGAGUUUUAAGUGAUGUCAAUCAUCCCAACUACCAGUUGGAUCUGAGAUUAAGGAAAGCGCUUUCAAUAUUACAGGAAAAUCAGCAUGUAUGGGGCAUUGAUUCAGAAAACUUGAUAAAAAGUGAAUUUAUUGGCUCUUUGGCAAGAAAGUCAUUCAAGUCCGAUAUUGAACGUCAGUUACUUGACGACCAUUUAACUGUGUUGGAGCAUUUUCAACCGAUAGCGAGAAGAAUUAAGAGGUACGCAAACCCAGUCAAAAAUAUCCUAGAUUUAGGCAAUAAGGUUGUUGCAAUACAGAAAUCAAAUGAAGACUCCUUAACUUCAGACCCACAGGUGGAUAGUUUGAGAAAGCAGUUGGAAAAUCUUAAACUGAAGAGAAAAAUACUCAUCGGAAUACGUGAUAAUAUGACAUUAAAUCAGGUUGAAGAUGAACAACUUUCAUCUGGAGUCAUUGAUGAUCAAUAUUUCAAACUUAUUAAUAAACUAAUGGCCAUCAAAGAGCGUGCAACUUAUUUAAUCAGCUUGAGCAAUCCGAUGGCAGGAAAAGCGCUGUUAGAAAAGGUUAACAACUAUCUCCAAUACGCUAAUAAACGCAUAUAUAACUACCUCAUGGAUUUCCUUUACGAAUAUGAAUCUAUGUCAAAGACAUUUGGAGAGCGCAACCUUGAAUCUAAGGAUUCAACACUAGGAGUAUUCCAGGACUGUCUCAUAUAUUUAUCAAACGACCUCAAGUAUUUUAACGAUUUCUUGGCCGCCGUUGUAAGUCUAAGAUCAAAAAAGUUAUUUGAGGAAUUCCUGUCCCAAUUUGAUAUCGAGAAUAAAAAAUCAAAGCCAAUUAUCUUAUCUGCACAUGAUCCAGCCAGAUACUUAGGUGAUGUUUUAGCAUAUGUACAUUCGGUAAUUGCUAAUGAAGCGGACUUCCUGAAGUCUUUGUUUACUCUUCAGCAUAAAGAACUUCAAGACAAACCAAAGUCUAUAUUACAGGAAAAUGGUCAAUUCUUUGAAAACCUGGAUACAAAAGUGUUAAAUGAUAUCAUAAAUUCAUUAUCAAAUCCCACUCGAAUUCGAUUGGAGCAAACUGUGAGGUUUGAGGAAGACGCCCUGAUAAAUUUUGAUAUGAUGCAGUUGCUGGAGUUGUAUCAAAUGAUGUUUAUGAAGCAUGGCCUCGAUAAUGAAGGAAAAUUGGUCAAAGUACUAAAAGAUCUAGCUGCUCUUGCAAAAAGUAGGAUAGUUUCAUUUUACAGCGAUUUUCUUGAUGGUGCCGCCAAGGAAGCGCAACCUACUACCGAAUUACUACCCCCAAGUUGGAUCGUUGAUUACAUAUCCUACCUAUGUGAUUUGUUUGAUCGUAUAGAGCACACCACUGCCCAGGCUGAUAUUUUAAAUGAGGAAUUCUUUGACAAAUUAGUGCUGCAGCCUUGCAAAACAACCUUUUUCAGACAAGCUGAAUCUUGGUUUCCACUUGCAAAGAAAAAUCUCAUAGCAAAGUUUAACCUUACCAUUUUAAAAGCUAAUACUUUUGACAUGAUAGUCUCACGAUUGGUUCCUUAUCAUAACACCAUAUUUUCUGAAGCAUAUGCCCAUGACACAUACGACAGCUUAAAUAAUAUGCUGGAAACUUUAGUGACUCAAUUAAAUGAGGUACAGACAAGAUUGUUAUUUGAAUCAACAGGAAUGAUAUUAUAUUAUAAUCUGUUCAACAUGAUUUUCCCUGUUUCUUCAGUGCAGGACCAGUUAGACUAUGACAUGUACACUUCAGUCAUCGAAAAUCCCAUUAUGAACUUGGAUACAAUUGAGAAAGCUGUUCAAUAUAAACUGAAAGAGUACCUUCCUCAAGCAUUAAUGGAUGUACAGGAAAUCUAUCUUUUCAAUUUAACUUCUCCUAAGAUUGCAAAUUCCGUUGCAUCAACUGCAUUCACGACGUUUGCGAAAUUCUACUCAGUGUUCCGUAACGUACUCUUCUUACUCUUCCCAAACGACGAGGAUAGAAUAAAAUCUAUACUAUCCUAUUCAGAGGAUGAUGUUAAUAUGCUUUUGGGUAUCAACUAG